GGAGGCGACCCGUCCGGCUCCUGCCUGCGGCAGAAGGGAAUCCGUCUCCGCUUUUCUAGUCCUUUCAGGAUUCCCGGACGGCGAUCUCGCCUCGUCUCGUCUCGUACGAAGCGCGAUCGACUCGGCUCGGUUUUAACCGAUGUAACGUUCCUCUGCGAGCUCCACGAAGGGGUCACGAGCGAGCGUUAGCACAGUGACGUAAAAUCGUAUUAAUACUCUCUAGUCUAAUUACGUCUCCGAUUUUAUUUAUGCGUUGUCGCGAUCUUUCGACGUUACGCUAAUCAUCCCUUCAAGACCGGAUGCCCUCGGUUGAGCUCCUCGAGCUUGCAUAUGUAUCUUAUACAUUUUUCUUCAGAGUUCCCUUAUCCCUGCACCUCAAGUUAUGAUUCCUCAGCUCUUUAAAAUUGUUAACAGUCGCUAUUUGAUGUGUUGUCUCUUUCUCCCUUCAGCAAAAAGUAUAUUACUUAUUUAAUGUGUUGCAAAGAGAGCUGUAAAUGUUUUUAUUAAGCGCGAUCAAUACCUGCAAAGUGUAAAGCUUCCGGAUUCGAUACGUAUGCAAGAUUACGUUAUUGCUCGUGCACGAGGCCAACAGUUCGCCUUGUUAGUUUACCGCCAGACCAGACGUAGCGGGUAUCCUGGACAUUCGUGUAACACGCCGUGCAGUGAACGCGAUGCGCGCCAGCGUGUGUACACGCGUGACACGUGCGUCCAUGCACGUCGCACGUCGUACACACGCUCGCACGUGCACAAUAAAUUGACACGUGUACGUAUCAUGCUGUAAUCAUGCUACGAAGGUAUGUAGGGCUACUUAGACUGGCUUAUAAGUGGAGUUACAGCCCGCCGUUCGCCGGGACCGUGUGCGAAAGUAUUUUUAUUCUGACAGUACUGUCGAUCACGAUAACGGUGUGCGCGCUAGGAUCAGACUGUAGCGGUGAUCCUUGCAUGUACGGGAUCUGUUUGGACAAUUUGGAGAACAGCACGUACUCUUGUUAUUGCAUCGACGGUUACACGGGGAUCAAUUGCGAGAUUAAUUGGGACGAGUGCUGGUCGAAUCCCUGUCUCAACGGUGGCACGUGCAACGACGGUGUUGCUGCGUACAAUUGCACCUGUGUCGACGGUUUCGUAGGUGUGAAUUGCGAGCAAAAAUACAGCGAAUGUUCAAGCCACCCGUGCCUCAACAACGGCACCUGCGUCGACUAUGAUGGCUUCGUUUGCCAAUGUCCGGAUGGAUACUCGGGAGAGUACUGCGAAAUCGACAUUUCGGUUUGCAACGAGACGAUGUGCAAGAAUUCCGGCGAGUGCGUCGAGGGACCUGGGUUCUCCUUCUUCUGUCGCUGUCGCGAAGGCUGGACCGGCACCGUCUGCGACGUGGACAUCGACGAGUGCUUGGAGUUGCCCUGCAAGAACGGUGGUCUCUGUAUCAACGUCCCAGCUUCCUAUACUUGCGCUUGUUUGUUCGGUUUUACUGGCAAGGACUGCGACAAGGCAAUCGUGCCUUGCGACGAGAAUCCUUGCCAGAACGGAGCCGUGUGCCUGCUGGAGGACGAUCAUCCAGUCUGCUACUGCGUGCCGGAUUAUCACGGCGGCCUGUGCGAACUAAGAUACGACGACUGCGAGUCGAAGUUCGCGCACUGCGACAACGGCGGUACCUGCAUCGACGGCAUCAACAGCUUCACUUGUUCCUGUCCAUCGGGUUACGGUGGUCCCAUGUGCGAGCACAGUUUGCCUACGACUACCGCUGCUGCAGAAGUAGAUACGUUUGAGGAAACCAGCUCGAUUAGAGCUACAGUCAGCGUCGCUUCGCCCAGAACAUCGACUUUCGCAGUGGACACCUCCGUGUUUUCAUCAUCAACCUCGAGCAGCUUCGUUACGUACUCGACGGUCCCGAGAACGAGCGGCUCGCCUUCCACGAAGACGUCUCCGAUCGCGGAGAAGACGACGUCAGGGUACCAAGAAGUCGGCGCUAGCAGCAAUGGUGAGGUUUUUCUCACCGAGAUUCCGUCGACAAGCUUGACGACUGGUAGAGAGGAAGCUUCGACUCAAAGCAGUCUCCUCACGUCGGAGUCCGUGACGAUUUCGUUCGCUCCUACCGAAAGCCGCUCUCGUGUAAGUGAGGCGGAGGGCACCGAGGUUUACCUGCCGACCGGGAGGUCGAUUCACGACGGUGAAGGUACCGGUAGGCCUGAUCAGACGACGAAGACCUAUUCGCCGUCGGAGGAAAACGCAACGCGCGUAACGGAGUAUACAACAAUCUCCAGUCAUCGGCCAACCGUGGUAGCUACUGCUGAGGGUGAGAGGGCCGAGAAAACCACUGUUGCAACAAGCACUAUUGUGGAAACUGAUGUAACAUUCCCCGCAAAUGCGACGCUUCGAUACACCACGGAAGCGAUACAGAACGGCACUCUCGAUCUCGGAACCACAGCCACGGAUUCCAGGACGGUUCUACCGUCGACUACCUCGACGCUGCUAUCGGUAUUAUCGUCUACCGUGAAGUUCCAUUCUACCACUUCUGCUACGGUGCCUUCGUUGUUAACGUCCACCGUGUCCUUCAGUCCAAGCACUGGCAUCGAAGUUAACGGUAGCAGUACCAGCACAUUAGCUCCGCGCAACGUUACCGAGUACGCCGACGGCUGCAAGACAGAUUCGUCCAUCACGCAAGCGGCUUUCAACGGAAAGUCUUUCGUCAGGCAGCACGUCGAUGUGAUAAUCACCGACAACAGGAGCGACGCGACGCUGCGAAUCUACGUGAAACUCAAGACGGCAUUUAAGAACGGGAUAAUCCUGCACGUUUACUUCGACAAUGAGAGAUAUUCUUUGGUCUACUUGGAACUCGGCUCGCUCAAGUUCCAGUUUUCCUGCGGCCUGGAGACCAUGUUGCUCGGCGAGAUCGAUGCCACCAUCGACAACGGAUACGAGGUCGACAUUGACAUGAGUUUCCACUACGUUGCUAACGCUGAAAAUGAGAAGUGCUUCGCCAAAUUGCUGGUCAACGGCACGAUGGCCGUGACCGGCGAACAGACACUGCCACAACGUGGGAUGGUCCCAAAAUACGCCAAUCUCUACGUAGGGGGUAUUCCAUUCUCGUUCUCGCACUAUUUCCCUCACGUGGCUAUGGGUUUUAUCGGAUGCAUGGAUUCCUUGAAGGUGAACGGUAUCUCGCGACACUUCAUCCACGAUUCCAUAGAAACGUUCCAGAUCGAAGAGUGCACGUCGUUCCUGUGCUUGUCAAAUCCGUGCCAAAAUUUCGGCGCGUGUGAGGAAAACGAGGGGAGAAUUCGCUGCAAGUGCAUAGCAGGUUACACCGGCGCUUUGUGCGAGCACUCGGCGUGCAACGACAACCCUUGCUCGAUGGGUGCGACGUGCGUGAGCUCGCCGGGGACCGGUUUCAUCUGCGUUUGUCCGCUUGGCAGUCACGGGCUCCUCUGCGAUGAGGAAAUCAUCUUGAUGCGACCGGCGUUCUCCGUACUCGUUCCCGGAUUCGCGUCGUACAUCGCUUACGGUCUGUCGACGUCGAUAAAGGACGCGAUGGAGCUGAAGCUGCGAAUCAUCCCCCGCACGCUCGAUCAGAUCUCCCUCAUAGCGUAUCUCGGACAGAGGGGCUUGCGCCGCGACAUCUCCGACCACUUGUCGUUAACGUUCGUGCGUGGCUACAUCAUGCUCACGUGGGACCUAGGCUCCGGAGUGCGAAGGAUCUUCACGAGUCACUCGCUGAGCUCCCUGAAUGUGGCGGGCUCGCUCGGCAAGAGCAAAACGUACACGCUCCGUAUCGGACGAAGAGGCAAGGAAGCGUGGCUCGCGGUAGAGGGUCUCAGCAAUGUCACCGGUCAUGCGGUGGGAUCGAUGACUCAACUCGACGUGUCGCCCAUCCUCUACAUCGGCGGACACAGGUCGAAGAGCUUCGAGACGCUGCCGCACGACCUGCCCCUCCACACCGGCUUCUCCGGCUGCAUAUUCGACGUCGAGCUACGCACGGACACCUCGAGCUUCCCGCUGAUCGGCUCCAGUCCUGCUACCGGUCGCGGCGUGGGCGAGUGUAACCGGAACGAGUGCCUUCGCCACUCGUGCAAGAACGGCGCGGUGUGCCUGCACCGCGGAGCAUCGUACAGCUGUAUGUGUACAAAGGAAUGGAUCGGCCCCGACUGCUCGAUUCCGGUCUAACUCGCCAGUGGGGACAACCUCCUCGACGCACACGAAGGAUCUUCUGCCAAUUUUAAGUAAUUAGUGGACGUAGCACGGAAUAAUAAUCGAUCGCUGUUACGGAUA